ACCCCUGACCCUAUAAAUUUAGUACUUGUAUAUUGUUGCCAUAGAAUCAAUGGCGGCUGUAUUUUAACUUGAUCAUAUCAGACGAUACUAAAAUCAACGCAAGAAUUAACUAUUUAGUCAAAAGGAAACUGCAGCGACGACAUGACAGCUGUUUUGAUGUCAGCCAAUGGGCCAACAGAGGUCAUCAAUGCACGGCGAACUGAAUCACUUGAUGCAGCGAACAUCAUCAAACUUGUUUCACCCUCUACAGAACAAUUGUUUGGCAGAGUCAAUAUUGUGCAUCUAAUCGAGAAGUCGGUUCUUGCCGUCACGUUGAACAACGAGCGUGAAGAAGUGUUGGCUCAUGCCGCAUUCUUUGAUUAUCCAAACUUCUCCGAUGUUGACCAGAGUAAAUGGCAGGAAUGGUUGAAUGCACAGUAUGAUACAGAAACAUGCACGCCUUUGAACACACUUUUUAUGCACUACUUUGUCUCCAAGGGCGACUUUUCUCAUGGAAGUGCUAGAGAAAUUAUAAGAACUGUUUUCAAUGCCGUUCCUGAUAUCCACUUCAUUUUUCUGGUGGUUCCCGGAGGUGUAUAUCCUGAUCUUGCGUUGGCCGAGUUAUUUGUCCCGAUGGAUAAAAAAGCAGGGGCAAAGCCAUCAGAAAAAUGUGUUGUUUUUGUUUGUCAUCGGCACACAUUGUGCCCUGUAUUAUACACAAGGAAAGCUCGAGUUGAAGAUCAUGACGACCUCACACCAAUCUUUAACCGUCAGAGUGACAUGCUACGCAAAUCCUAUGGCGAUUACUUUCUCGCUGAAUUGAUCGAGGCACAAGAUGAAAAUCAUCAUGCUCUCAUUGUAGAGAUGGAAGGUACUGCUGUUGGCUUCAUGAGCGUAGCAAGUGAGGUGAAUGUAGAGCUGUUAAACUCCUGCUUUGAACUGGUUCCAUUUCAUGGACUAUGUAAACCCCACCCUGAAGAUGUUCUAAGACCUCCUACUCCACCAGCCGAAGAGGUUCCUGUGGUAGAGAAUGCACCUGGCAGCCGGGCAGGGUCAGAGGCCGAGUCUCAUUCUCGGACCAGCUCUUUAGCCUCCAUCAAGAAAGGCGAGGAAUUCACAACUGCUAGGCCUAGCAGCGGAGUAAAGACCAUCUCUCAACAGGCCACUCCGCAAGCCAAAUCAGUUUCAAGAGGCAGUGGAGCCACAGCAGAUCUGACAGUGCAGCGUAAACUGAGUGAUGCUCAUAUGGAAGGAACUCCGGUAGCUAGUGAUGUUGAUGAUGUAGGAUCCGUUCACUCUGAAGCUUCUUCAAAGAGGUCAUCUUUAGCUCGAUCGGUGACAGAACCUACUAAACCAUUUGCAUCCAAAGAGGGCAGUAUAAUCCUAGAUAACAUGGAACCGGCAGUGAAGUUUGAACCGGUGUUUGCUGGAGAAUCAAACGCAUUUUGCAUUCAGCUUUUCUGUAUUGAUGAGCGUUAUGAAAUGAGAUCUAUGGAUUUUUUGCCAUUAGCAUUCUCGUUGUUCCCAGACAAAGAUUUCUGUGUGGUAACUGUGCCCCACUUAGUUCCAGAAUUCCCCCUUCUCCAGAGUUUUGUGCGAGUAACACCAAAAUGUCCGAGCACCCUACCACAGGAGUUGUAUGUCUUCAACCGAGCCGGUAUCCUACAAUCCUUCAACGUACGCCCAGUGUGCCCUGAAGACAGGGAUGACGUAGCAAAGCUUGUUGAUACCAUCGACAACAAAGAGUCGAUCUUGGCAGAUUUUGAUCAGUUCAACCGUGCAAGGCGUGAUGAUGAUGGAACGCCAAUCCAGGCAUUUGUCGGUGAGUGUGGCGGUCAAAUCGUCAGCGUUGCUAUCACCAGAAGCGAGGAGGAUAUCGAGUACAUCCGUUCUCAUUACAACAUUGAAGACUUUAUCUACUACAACCAUCACCGACGGGAUGAGCACGCCCAUCUCUACCAUUUCACUAUCAACCCAAUCUUCCAGCAUUACACCAAGCACAUGUUGAAAGAAGUCUUACGGCAAUCACAUCGUUCCUGCUUGUAUUAUCCGGUUUUCCCUCCGUACUCAACAACAAAGGAUUCUGCUUGCCAUUCUAUUGUGACAUGUCUGAACCACAUGGUUCCCGUCCGAGCCCGCCGCCAGAUCAUUUACCCCUUGGACAGACUCGGUGGUAAUGCAUCUUCGAAACGUGUUAUCAAGGAAAAGGAAAAGUUUGCUUUGAAUCACAUAAACCGGAAGUUGACCCUUGAACCUAAGGUGACAAUAAACUCUCGUAUCGUUAUUGUCGGAGCUUCUGAUGUCAGUUUAUCUUUCCUGGAGACACUUGCUUUCUGCCCCCAUUUGCGAUUCAACAACUUGGUCUUGAUCUCGCCACAUGGUCUACCCGGAGAUCUUGCAACGGACGACAUUGUGUCCAACUUUCUCUCCACGCCACGUAACUACACACGUGAUGAGUUGGCGCAGAUCUCGCUGCGUACUUGGGUGAAUGUUGUCAAUGCAAAAAUGAUUGCAAUCGACAGAGCGAGUAAAUAUGUUAAGGUGACAGGAGGUGCGAAAGUUCCAUACGAUCACCUCGUGAUCGCUACAGGUCAGCAGUACCAGGUGACCAUGCCUACAGGAGCUGACAUCACGAAACUCGCCACCAACACCGAGAUACAAAACAGUCCAAACAGACGAUUUUCUGGCCGAGUUCCAAGAAACGUGCUGCUAGUCAACGAUGAACACGAUGCGAUGACGACCGUUAAUUGGCUGCAAAAGAACUUCCUCACGACUGAAGGAAACGCCAUUGUGUAUGGAUCCAGUCUGGAUGCUUACACGACCGUGCAGUCUCUACUGAAGGUCGGUGUUGCUGGCUCACGUAUUCACUUAGUUCACCCACCUCCCAACUACAAUCCGUCCUGUUUUAACAACAGCGCCAUUGAGACGGCUGUCAAUGCUGCCUUAGCUGACGAGGAUGUUCAGGUGCAUGAUGGGUAUUAUCUCGCUCAGUGGAAUGAUGGGAAAAGUGCGGAAGAAGUGUACUGUGUGUCGUUUACGUCCGACACGAAACCACUGAAACUGGAAUGUUCGGUGUUUUUCUGUUUCUACAGGAAAGCGGUAGAUUACGAGGCAUUUAAAGCUAUUAAUGACAGCUGUUUAGUCUUUGAUGGAAGACUCGUAAUUGAUGCAAACUUCCACACCAACGACCUGUCUAUCCGAGCUGCCGGGCCUGUCACAAAGUUCCAGCGCAAGUACCAUGCGGAUCAGUGGACACAUAGUAACUUCAAUUCCAGAGAGGUUGGUCAGAUGCUGGCGUCCACGAUGCUGCGGUUGUUCGAUCCGACUAUUGAGAAUGACCCGGCGCCCCCAGAAGAGACCAUGAACCUUAUACCGAUGUACCACAACAGCAAGGUUCAAGCCGGUAUCCUUCCUGGCGGCCUCAACUAUCUCAACUUCACAAAGCCAAACCUUAAUGAACCGUUAGAGAAGCUAAUGGCCCAACAGGACUAUGGACGGGAACUCAUCACCGGAACUGUCGAUGGUCCCGGAUAUUUUCGCAUUCACCUGAAUAAGUACAACAGCAUCGAGACGAUAACAUGUCUUUCGAAAAAGGUUAUUGACACCAGCAAUCUGCUUUGCCUAUACAAUAUUCACGAGCGUUUCCUCAACAACAUGGUGUCAAGAUUUGACGAGGGACUCAUUUCAGAUUUCUACAGUUUCUUCCGUGAGACGUGGAGCUUGGCUAUCUUCCAUGAUCGCUUCCCUGACUUCAGACAGGAAGUCCGAGAGCUUCUUGUUCAAAGACCAUCUCAUGAUGUGAUAGCAUUAGAAGAGAAGGUGCGUCAGUUGAUUGACCAAGACCUGGAGCUAGACAAACAAGACCGAAAGUACUUGACCAACGAGUUUGACGAGGCUGGAAACAAGCGUGCUGUCGAGACGAGACUUCUUAGUUUCCUCAGCUACAACUAUUACCACCUGCCAGUGUACGCUAAACCGGGAAUGGUCUAAAAAAAAUGGCAUUGCCGUUUGAGCCAUCAACUUGAUAAUGGAACUUGAAGAAAUUUAGGCUUAGAAAAUCACUUGGAUUUGCCAAUCUGUAUUUACCCCGACAUACAUUCCAACAACAUGGAAGCAUGUGAAUGCAUUUCACUUAAGUAUAAUGAACUUGUAAAGAUAAAUGAGCAUAAUUUAAAGGAUAGGCCGCUGUAUAAUGAUUGCUGAUGUGGAUCAACACAAUGUAAAUAGUAAAGCGUGUAGUGCAUCGAAGAUGGACCGAUGCCGAAAUCCAAUUACAAUCAUCACGGCACAAGUGAUAUUCGUUAAGUAGGUUUAAUACAUGGGGUUAUAAUUGAAUGUAACUUGCAAUGGAAUGUGUCUUUUUGAAAGUGCAGUACUGUACUGUUAAUGUAAUAUGAUUUCAUAAAUGUCUAAAGUAAUGAAUUGAGGGAAUAUCCAUUAUUUUAAACAUUAUCACAAGAGUACAAAAUAUACCCUUCAGGGGGAAAUGGGUUGACAGUCUUAAUGAAAAAGAUAAAAUGAUUUCAAAAUUACAAAAAUAAUUUUAUUAUGUACUCUUUCAGAGUGUGGGAGUGUGGGAGGGUUUGGGUCAGCAAAAAAGAUGUUUUGUUCUCUCUUGAAUAUUAUGAAAAUAAUGGAUUACCCCUAAUAAUGUUACCCUGUUGGUGGCAUGGAGCACCAAAAAUGUUGCAAAGUUCCAAAGGUGUUUUUGUUUUUGGGGAAGGGUUGUCCAUUUGCCAUUGGAGUCCAGCAUAGCUCCAUAGCUCCUGGCAAGUGACAAAAGUGACUAGAAUAUUUAUUUAAAAAAAACAAGUUGUGUAUGUUUCACUAAAAUGUUACAAUAGGCCGAUGAAAUAAUAUAAGAUAAUAAAUUAUAAUAUAAUAAAUAUAUAUUUCUGAUAGUAAAAUAUAGAAUUUUCAAUGUAUAUACAGUGUGCGUUAAGAAUAAAGUUUCUAUGAAAAUGCA